GUUUUGUAUCGCCGCUCCUUAUUUUUUACAUGAAUUUUUAUAAUUCCUCCAUAAAAAUAAUAAUUAAUAAUAAAUAAAACGUGCCAGUGAAAAUAAUAAUAAUUAUUUAAUCCGUCUACGGCAAUCCGUCCAUACGAGUCGUGACACCAAUUAUAUAUAAAUAAAUAAGUUAAUAAAUAUAAAUAUAAAUAAAUAAAUAUAAAUAAUAAUAGUAAGUGUGUCGUAGUGCCAGUGUAUGUUAUAGUGUAUUAAUAUUUUAAGUGACAAUUAUUUUGUUUAAAUAUUCAAGUAUAAAUAUAAUAAAAUCUAAAUUAAAAUAUUAUUUUCGUUGAGAAUUUACAAGUGACGCGGGGCGUCGAGAGAUCGCCAGAGCUCGUUGUCGUCGUCUUCGUCCUCACUGUUUUCUGUCUGGAAUAUAACGAGCAUCGGGCCCUCUACAAUCUGUCUCUCUCCCUAACUUUUAUUAUUUUUUUUUUAUUUAUUUUUAUCAUUUUUUAAAACUUCCGCCAUUUUUUUAAAAUUCAAAUUCAAAUUCAAAUUUUAUUUUUAAAAAGUUUUUAAAUUGGCUACUAAUUUAGCGAAGGGCACGUUUGCUGGAUCAACAAAAAUUUUUUCCAGUGUCAUCAUGUGUGCCAACUAAAUAAUAAACGCCUGCGUGAUUAUAAACUCGAAGAAAUUAAAAAAAAUUAAAAUACUUUACUAAAUAAAUGAAAUUAUAAAAAAAUAAAUAAUUGAAUAAUUAUAAAGGUAACAUUACAUAUUAAAUGUAAUUAUAAAUCCGGAUGUAUGUAAAUAAAAACAAGUAUGUAGCUUCUACGUGUUGAUAAAUCGAGAAUGUAUAAUUUUAAUUUUAAAAAACGUGAAAGAACGAGGAGGAAAAAAAAUAAGUGUUGAUAUAAAUAUAUAUACAUACAAAGUAUCUUGUAUUCUUGGAAACAAAACAAUGACUACCUCAAACAAUAUUAAAGACAAUGAGUAAGAGCAAGUAAAGGACAAUUUAUAACCGCGAAAUACGAACAAUACCAAAGGGACCAUAAAUAAUAAUUAAAAAUAAAAAUGUCUACUGGGUAACCGGUCAGCUUAUUUUAAAAAGCGCCGGUUUUAAAUUAUAAAAAUCGAUUUUAAAUAAUAAAUGAAAUGUCGAUUCGUUUGACCGGUGGUUUAUUCCUAAUGCCAUCGUCUGGAUUACAAGAUACUAAUGAAAAAUCAAAUAAUUUAACACAUUCGAGUAACAAUGAAACAAAUAAUCAACACUAUCAGCAAAAUCAUCAGCAUCAGGAGCAUCAGCAUCAACACCAGCAACAUCAACACCAACAGCAGCAGCAACACAAUCAGUAUCAUCAUCAAAUGAUGACGAAAACGGUGACGAUAGUGUCGGCUGGACCGCAACGUAGUAAUAGUUUGGAUUAUCUUAAUUUUGAAGAAAAAAGGCAGAUAAUCGCGUCAUCACUUUCGCUUAGUGAUUUUCUCGCGCAUGGACCAGCGGCUGCGGCUGCUGCGGCUAAGGAAGUUGCUGCCAAUACUGUUGUUAUUGCUAAAAAACAAAAUGGAGCCGCUUUACGGACAAAUAGUUUGGGUUCGGGGGCACGGACGCCGCCACUCGAGAGGAAAAGUAAAUUUUCAGCAUUCGGUAGAUUAUUUAAACCUUGGAAAUGGAAACGGAAAAAGAAAUCUGAUAAAUUUGAAGCUGCAUCACGAUCUCUUGAAAGAAAAAUUUCCGUUAGAGCGAAUCGAGAAGAGUUGGUACAAAAAGGAAUCCUGCUUCCUGAUAGUCCGAUCACGACAAUACCAGAGAACGAUUCGCCAAACGACUCAGGGUUCAUUCAAAAGCCACCGACACCCCAGCAGCAGCAACAUAACCAACAGCAGAAUCAGAAUCAGCAGCAGCAACAACAACAACAGCAACAACAGCAGCAGCAACAACAACAACAGCAUCAGCAUCAACAAACACAGGGUGUUGGAAUGCCCGCGGGGACGCCAACUGCUCAACAGAAAUCAUCUCAGCCUCCAGUUUCAGGUACAAAUUCAUCGACUACCAACAGUAGUAACAGUAGCGGUAACCAGAAUUCUCAUUCAAUGUGUUCUGGAUCAAAUCCUGAUCAAUCUUCACCUCAUCUUUCACCUCAUUAUCCGGGAGGAACGCAAUCAGCCAAUCAAUUGAACGGCAACACACAAGAGCCGAAAAAGGAAAGGACUGAACAGAAUGCCAAUGGAGUGCUUUCACAAAGUGGUGAAUCAGCCAACCAAGGUGCGAAUCCAGGAAAUCAAGGCUUGGGCUCGGGUGGUCUACAUUCGGGGGAUCAGAAGCCAAAUAGGCCAAGUACCCUCGAGGCCUCCCGAAUGCUUACCAGAAGGUUAAUUAUGUUUGGCAUGGAAAAGGGUGUACUACAGCCAACGGCAGAGGAACAACAAGCAAUCGAUAGGUACAUGUCACCCCUACCACCUCAGAACACUUUGAUGCUGUCGGAACUGCCGGAACCGCCGAUUCCGUUGAGCGAAAUCGGACCAAUUCCGCCCCCGCCGAUGUUCAGUUCCCCAAGUCCGACUCCUUUGGCUCGUCAACGUCAGCAAAAUCUUCCUCUGUCUGAUUGUGAGGAUGACGAUGACGAAGACAUAGACGUGGAGGAUGACGAUGACAGUCUCCGAGGCUUUCGUUUCGGGCAACCAGAUCCAGCAAUAGACACCUCAAGAGUAGAAGAAAUACCCGCCAAGGAGCCAAAGUUCCAUGCGAUGCCAUUAAAAAGUGCGUUGAAGAAAAAAGGUUCCAACAGUGGACCCGGUACACCCCAAAGUACUCCAACUCAAGAAAACAGGCCCCUAACUCUUCGUCAAGAGCUUCACGCUUCCUUCAAAAGGCCGCCGUUGAGGCCUAGGAUAAGAAUAUGUAGUCGACCAGUCAGGUUUGGCCUCGCGUUGCCCUGCACUUUGGAGAACAAAGAAAACGCACGUCCUUAUGUUAUAAGAGAGGAUUCUGAUGGAUCUGAUGACGGACAAGUUCUUUAUCGUGACGACUAUGACGACGAUGAUGAAAAUCGAUUGGCGGCUAAAAUAGCGAGAAAGGAAUCGCUGUCAUUAAAAUUGGCGCUGAGACCGGAUAGACAGGAGCUUAUUAAUCGUAAUAUUCUUCAAAUACAGUCUGAUAAUGAGAGACAAGAGUCGAAGGAGGCAAUUGGUGCACGACUUAUCAGGCGGCUUAGUAUGCGACCGACCCAAGAAGAACUCGAGGAACGGAAUAUUUUAAAAAAGCAAAGUCCCGCGGAAGAAAAAAAACAGAAGGAGGAAAAAAAAAGAUAUUUGUUAAGAAAAUUAAGUUUUCGACCCACUGUUGAAGAGCUCAAGGAAAAGAAGAUUAUCAGGUUCAAUGAUUAUAUUGAGGUGACCCAAGCACACGAUUAUGACAGGCGGGCUGAUAAACCUUGGACACGGCUUACACCAAAAGACAAGGCAGCCAUAAGAAAGGAAUUAAACGAAUUUAAAACCUCCGAGAUGGCUGUUCAUGAAGAUAGUCGACAUCUCACACGAUUCCACAGACCAUGACAAUCGCAAUGUGUAGAGGUGCUAGAGUGUAGUGCGGUUUACCUUAACGCGUUGUGGUAUCGUGAUAUGUGCGACGAAACUUCGCGGAUAAUUUAGAGGAUAAUUAAAAGAAAAAAAAAAAAAAAGGUACAGAUUGAAUUCUGUUGAAUCAGAAUGUUUUUUAUUUUUUUUUUUUUUUGACAUUGUUACCAAAGAGAUGUUUAAAUAUUUAAAGUAAACAUCUCUUGUUCACUCUGUCUACAAGAAGAAGAUUGUGAUAGGAUAAUCGACAACCGUGUGCUAAACGGUCGAUAAUCCGACAAUUAUUUUCAAGGCUCGUUCACACACGUCCUCUCGACUAGUCGUCAAAAAUAAAUCGUCAUCUUACUCUUCCUCGUAUCGCUUAAAUAAUUAAUCUUCAAUGCAAUGCAAUUAUCCUAGCCAUCUUUAUCUUCAUUCCAUGUCAUCGAGUAGAGACGAAAUAUAAUAAAAAUAAAUUAAAACAAGCUCAGAAAAUUUUAAAAAACUCUGAGUUAAUUUAAUAAAUUUUUAUUUAUAUUUUAAACAACAGUCGAGUUCGCGUGUACGUGAAUUUAAUUAAUCAUCUAAAUUAUUUUUUUUAAAUCAGUAAAAAAACGGGUUACCCGAUUGCGUACUAAAAUUCUCUUACUCUUUUUUUUUAAUUUAAAUAUUUUAAAAAAAAUCAAAAAAAAUAAAAUUUUUAUUUUAAAAUUAAUUAAUUAAUAUUUUAUUAAUUGACAAUUAAAUGAAUAUAUUUAAGAUUAAAAUAUUUUUAAAAGAAAUUAUUAACUCGAUACUCGACAAUUAAAAUAUACUCAGGCAUCGAUAUAAAUUAAUUAAUUAAUUAAUUAAUUAAUUAAUUAUUAUUAUUAUUUAGUAAUAAAUAAAAAAUUUGUAUUAUUAAUUUUUAUUUAAUAGUUUCUAUGUAAUUUUAUUAAUUACUUUUUAUCUCAUCGGGUAACACCGUAACCUGCAGCUUGAAAAUUAAAACGUAAGAUAAUUAAUGCGAGAUAAUUAAUAAUUAAAUGAAUAAAAUAAAUAAAAAGAUGCAAAAGUGCAAUGAAAAAUUUGUACAGUAUCGGUAAUUAAUAAGUUUAUUAUUGACUAUUACUAUUAUUAAUUAUUAAUUAUUAAUUAUUAAUUAUCGUUAAUUGUUAUUAUUAAUUAUUACUAUUAUUAAAAUAAUUAAAAUAUUUUUUUUUAAUUAAAUAAUCAUGUCAUUCAUUUUUAAUACUCAUCUCAUAAAUUUAAAUUUAUUAAUUUUUAAUUAUUAUGUAAAAAAAAAAAUGAUUUUAAAAAAUAAAAUAUAAAAAAAUUUAAUUGUUUACUUGUAAUUAAAAUGAAAAUUUUUUUUUGACGUUUAUGUAAAUUUUUAAUUAAAUACUGAAGUUGCUUUUGACACUUUUGAGUCGCAGUGUUAUCGUAGUUAUAGAUAAUUAAAAAAAAAAAUUGAUAAUUAAAAAUGGCGUUAAAUAUUAUUGAAAUUAAAGAAGAAAAAAAAUAAAAAUUAAUUAGUAAAAAUGUUUUACAAAGACUAAAAAUAAUAUUUGUAAUUAAACGCUUUGUUUGUGCAGCCAACUAUAUACAAAAAAAUAAAUAAUUUAUUAUUAAUGAAUUUAAAUAAAAAUAUUUAAAAAUUGCAUGUGAUCUUUGGACGUGAGUUACAGGUUUUAAUGAAUCGCGUCGAUUCAUUUUUAGUUUUUCUUGUUAUGUAUUUAAUGAAAGUUUUCUGUAGAAAAAAAUUAAUUAGUAACAAAAAAAAUAGAAAAAAAAAAUUUAGUGAAGUUCAUUAAAAAAAUAUUUUUAAGUAAUUGACCAUUUUAUAAUUGCAAUAUUUUUAAUUAAUAAUAAUUCUGAGGGAGAAAUAUUAUAAUUAUAAUUUUAGUCUUAAUUAUCUAAUUUAUUUAUUUAAAUUUUUUACCCGCGAAAAUUUAAAAUUAAAAAAUUUCGGUGUACUCCCGCGCAAAACAAAUUCGUUCCAAAAAUUUUCUUGACAAUGCAGUUCCAAAGUUGAGCCGAUUCUGAACUUUGAGUUGAACAUUUUUGGAAUUUUAAAAUCAUUAGAGGUGUGAAAAAUUUUCAAGUAGUGUAGACUUUUUUGGCGGGUUUUCUUUUUGAAAUUUUGGAGCCAAAAUGAUUUGAACUGACAAUUUUGUGAGUUUAUACAAAGUUCAUAAUUAGUUCCAAUCACUAAUUUUUUGGACGAGUACGAAAAGUGAAAAAAAAAACUGACGUUACCAAAAAGUUCUAAUAAAAGUAAAGAAACUUUUUCAAAUCAUUUUUUCUUUUGCCUCAUACCUGAAUAAUUUUGACAAAGUCGAAAAUUUUCAUGAUUCCUAAUUAAUUUCUCUUUUUUUUUAAUGUUCUUCAAACCCAAAAAAUUGUCAAAUCAAAUUAUUUUUCCUAAAAAAAUUUUAAAAAAACCCAAAGGAAAAGCCUACAGUUGGAAAUUUGAAACUUUCAAAUUUUUUCAAAGUUUCAAAAAUUAACAUUAAAAUUAAACUCAAAGUUCAAAAUUGUUACAUUGUUGAAGUUCACUGUCAUGGACGUUUUUGGAAAAUUUUUGGCAUGAAUUUUUUUUUACAUGGGUUAAUUAUUAUUAGGACCAGAAUUUUUGCGUUAAUUUAAAAAUAAUUAAUUAUUAAUGGUGUCAAAUUUUGGAAUUACAGUAGAAAUAUUGGCCGUAUAGAAAAAUUUUUCAAAUAAAAGUUGUAGGAAAUUUUAUUUUCUAGAGAAAAUGUCUCUUAUGAUUUUUUUAUACGAUCAAUAUUUUCACCGUAAUUUCAAAAUUAUGAUUUUCAUAAUUAACAAAAAUUUGAAUAAUUCAUUAUGAGUCUCAACUUAGGAAUUACGGUGAAAAUAUUGGUCGUAUCAAAAAAUCAUAAGAAACAUUUUCUCUAGAGAAUAAAAUUUCCUACAACUUUUAUUUGAAAAAUUUUUUUAUACGGCCAAUGUUUUAACCGUAAUUUCAAAAUUAAGAUUUUCAUAAUUAACAAAAAUUUGAAUAAUUCAUUAUGAAUUUCAACUUUGGAAUGACAGUGGAAAUAUUGGCCGUAUAAAAAAAUUUUCUAAAUAAAACUUGUAGGAAAUUUUAUUUCCUAGAGAAAAUGUCUCUUAUAAUUUUUUUAUACGACCAAUAUUUUCACCGUAAUUUCAAAAUUAAGAUUUUUAUAAUUAACAAAAAUUUGAAUAAUUCAUUAUGAGUCUCAAUUUUGUAAUUACAGUGAAAAUAUUGGUCGUAUAAAAAAAUCAUAAGAAACAUUUUCUCUAGAAAAUAAAAUUCCCUACAACUUUUAUUUAAAAAAAUUUUUUAUACGGCCAAUAUUUCCACUGUAAUUCCAAAAUUUGACACCAUUCAUUUCGAAGUUAAGGCAAAAAUCUUGUCCCUAAUAAUUAUUAUUUUAUUGCUGACAAAUUUUCCUACAAAAUUUUUUUUAACUCUUGUUUGUCUUCUCCGAUUUAAGUAAUUCGAUUGUUUAAUUAAAUAAUUACAAGAUUAGAUGAGUAAUUUUAAUGAUUAAUUUGUCCAAUAAAUUAUAAUAUUUUUCCAUGAAUUUUUUUGAAAAUUUAUCGAUUUAAAAAUAUAAAUUUUUGUGGUGCCAAUAUACUUUUAAAUUAAAGUUAAUUGUUUAUUAUAAUUACACUAAAGAUAUGAUAAUAAUUAUAAUAAUUAUUCUUAUUAUAAAUUUAUAAUUAAUUGCAUUGUCAUAAUAAGCAAUAAAUAGAUUUAUUCUGGUAGUUUAAUAAAAGAUAUAAUUGUCUCUCGUUCAAAUGGUCAAAAUAUCACGACUACUAUGUAGUUGAUUAACUUUAUACGCAAUUGCUUCUUUCAUCAUUAUUAUAAUUAUAAUGAUAAUAAUUAUAAAGUAAAAAUGAAUAAUUAAGAUUUAAAAAAAUAAAAACGAAUAAAAUUAAAAAAUGAAUUAGUAAUUAAAAGCAGUGAGAUGAGUAUGGAAAAAAAAAUUAAUAAUUUGAUAUUGUAAUUAUCAAGUUUUAAAUUGCGACGAACGUGCAACUUGUGGAGCAUUAUAAAUAUAUAUGAUUAUAUAUAUAUAAAUAUAAAUAAUUAUAGCUAAUUAAUUUUUCUUGUACAUAUUAUAAAUAUUAAAUGAAAAAGAAAAGAAAAUGAAUAGAAUGCGCAAUAAGAAUGUACGCUAAUUAUUAAUUUUGUUUUAUUUUUCAAUUUUUAAUUUAUUCAAAUGAGUAUAUAUUUAUAUAAAUAUAUAUACUUAUGUGAAUAGAAUAAAAUAUCAAGUAUUAGACUUUGGUUGAUGAUUUUUUUUCUCAAAAUUUUUUAAAGCUUUUUUUGCAACUAUGAUUGAAUUGUGAUAGAUAAUUUGGUAGAGUAUACGUUCACAGGAUAAUUAAAUUUGAAUUUUUUCAAAAGGAAUUUUUAAUUUUUUUAAAUUAAUAUUUACAUGAAGAAUUAAAUUUACAUUUAAAUAUAAAUUUUUGGUUUUGCUGGGACUAGAAAACUAUUGAGUUGACGUUUUUUUUUUAUUUGUAAAAAAUAUAUUAGCUGUGAAUUUUAUUCUUGACGAUUUUUUUUCUUUUUUUUUUUAAUUAGAAAAUUUGUCGAAUUGACGGUUGUAAAGGUAAUGGCGGUUUGAGUGUUUGGGGAAUUCUAUUUAUUUUGUUUAGACUUUAAAUUUGUGUAAAUUUGAAACUUUUGAUUUAGCGGGAAAUUUUUUUUUUAGUAAUAAAUAAAGUUGUAGAUAAUUUAAUAAAGUACAAACGAGAUUGUUUAGUAAUUACUCGUUAUUUUUCGUGCAGCUGCUGAUAUAUUUGUAAUUAAAGCUUUUGAGAAUGAUAAAAAAAAAAGUCAGCAACUUCUGAGCUUUAAUGAUAAUUCAUAGAUAAAUAAUAAAUUUGUUCUUUUAUUUUAUUUUUUUUUUUUAAUUGCAAAAAUAAUACACCAAUAUACGUAGAUACUGAUUGAUAGCUAAUUCAUAUAUAUAUAUAUAUAAAUAACAAAUACGUUAUAUAUUGUAGAUUAAUGUGCGAUUCCAGCACAAAAAGUUGGUAUUUUGUGUACAAAAAAAGACGAUAAGAAUGAAAAAACAAAAAAAAAUACAUUAAGUAAAUGAGCGUUGAAAAUGAGUUUCUUCGAGUUUUUUUAUCAUUCACAUUUUUUUUAAAAGAGACCGUAAUUCUUUUUCAAGGAUCGGUAGUAAUUAAAUUUAUUCUGUAUUUAAUGAGCAAAAAAAUAAAUAAGAAAUAACGAUAUUUAUUUAAUUAAGUAUCAUUAACUAAAACUACUUUUAAAAAUCGAAAAUCAAUAUCUAAUUGGCGUAAAAAAAUCAUCUAUAUCAAAUUAAUACAAAUGAAAUAUCUAUCUGUAUAGAAUUAAUGGAAGUAGUAAAAAUGAAAAAAAUUAACUAACUCACAAAUAAUAAACAAAAAAAAAGAA